UGUCCCCCACCCAAAAAAAAUGACAUUGAAGACAUAGUUUAGCAACAAUUUGGCAAAUAGGUACGAACUUUAAGGUGUUUGAGAGGUUCCAUUCUUCCAAGAACAGAUGUUCCUGUUUACCUUUCUUGGAAGUCCCAGCUAACGGGUGGGUAUGCUUAUGAAUGAACUUCCAAGAUAUGCGUGUGUGUGUGUGUGUGUUCUCUUCUCAUAUUCCGGCCGUGCUGCAUGUGGGAGGCUGGCGGUGACCUAGAUGUUCUGAUUCACUAAUAGGAAGACUUCGAGACGAGAUCUUGACGGCACGCUGAGCUGCAGCGACAUGAGGCGUUUGAGGUUCAGCCCUUGCUAGGAGGUCAAAGGUAAGGCAUGGCCUUUUGUGUUGCCUCGGCUUGAAUGAAUGGACUGUCAUGAUGGUUAUAACGCUCAUAAUGGUCAUUGUUAACAUGUGGGGCAGUGUCCUCUUUCUCAUCUUUUCUUGUUACCAUGGAGAUGAGGGAAAAUCACCACAAUACAGAAGAGUUUCUUUUGUUUACAGCAGGCGUAUUAUAUACCUGAAGACACCACUGAUGUUCAUUACCACUACAGAUUCCUGAUUAUAGUUUUCUUCAAGGUGCCGCAAUAAUGUACUGGAAGCGUGUUGUAGAAAAUGUUGCCUUCAUGCUAGAAUUUAGACAGUUUAGUGUGCUUUUACCAAGUCCUCCUUUCUGCGUCUGUCGCUUUAAUGCUAAUGAGCUGUUUUGUCCCUGACAGAGUGUGUGUAUCCAGGACGCACUUUUACCGCUUUUUAUCUCAUGGGUGUUACAAUCCGGGACCACCAGCGACUGAAAAACACAAGUAAUUGUUACGUCGAUAAAAAUGUCUAUUUUGACACACAGCUCACUCCACUCCCCCUUCAAAAACCCUCCUGCAAGCUUGACGUUGUCAAUCUCCUUGGAUCGGAUUUCGGAUCAACAUAUGAGUUUGCAAUUUUGAUGAAAUGUUUCAUGACAAUUGUCCUGUGUUUUAGUUAUUUUCAUUUUCAUUUUCAAGGUAAGGUGCAUUGAGGAAAAUCUUUAAUGAUAAUCCUUUCUGAAUGUUCCUAAAUAGGCUUUUUUACUUAUAAACAUUUAGAAUUUAAAACAGUACCAAAUCUUAUUUUGAGCUGACACUGUAAUCAAAAAAACAUAUUUGUGUCAAUGUGAGAGGUCUCACUCGCUCACAUUUUGUAUUUGCUGAACGUUUGUGGGCGAGUUUAAGGGCUAUGUAAAGAAAAAUAGUAAUACAAAAAUUUGCUUGCUGACUGUAUUGUUUUAAAUAAUGGCUCAUAGUUCCAUAAUUGAUGUCGUUUUACAUAAAAUGUUAUGUAAUUAUUGUUGUAGUUGCAUAUCGAAUGUUUCCUACAAAGAGAUCUCCCCUAAACUUAUUUUGAUCUGCGAUUAAAUGCAAUUAAUUCUAUGGACAAAAUACAAUUAAUCACUAUUAAAAUAUAAUAAUAAUCGAUUGACGGCGUUUUCUUAAAAGCAUCUCGUUCAGGACUACAAGCAGUUUUCCAAGUGACCAGCCAAACCACACGAAAUAGGCUGACAAAAAAAAACCGCAUCAGUGACCGAUGCCCGAUCGUGUCUGCUGUCUUGAAAAAAAAAAUGCACUGUGUAGUUAUAAACAAGUUUAAAGGGGAACUGCGCUUUUUGGAAUUUUGCCCAUCAUUCACAAUCUGGUCCUCCUUAAUCGGGUGAUCCAGGCUCUAGGGACAAAUAUAAAAAAAGUCACUUUUGCUAAUAGCUGGUUUUGGAGUGUGUGCUUUGCGAGGGUAGUCAAACAUCUUUCGGUGUCACACAUGGGUCAUAGUGUGAUCCACAGAGCGUGGUCUUUUUACGUGGCUCAGCUCCACAGUCAUUCGCAGUGGGUACUCUCUGGCUGCUGGUCGUCCCUCUCAAUUCCAGUGACCCACUUGGCACCAGUACGAGGCCUCUGGCAGGAUUCCUACCCAGCUGAGGCUAGAAGGCGUCGUGGGCCGAAUGCCAGCCAUCACCACCGCCACCACUGCUGCAAACAUUCCUGUCUGCUGCCUGGGGAAGGAAAAGAUUCCAAUGUUGCUGCUAUGUGUGAGGUUCUCACGCCAGUUCUCCACGCUCUAAACCAUGCACCUCCAGCCUACCUUCAUCUGUUCUUCUUUUCCUCAUCUUCCUCUCACCAGGCCAGAUAGCUGUCCGUAAGGUUGGAUCACAAAUGUCUUCCUCACACUUGAAAGACCCCUUCCUGCCACGUUAACCCUCAACAGGAUCAAAAUGACCUCAAGCAUUGACCAGAAUGACAGCAGCAUUUUUGACUUGCUGGACGAAGAUGACAAGGACAAAGCAAAACGUGUGUCCCGCAACAAGUCAGAGAAGAAGCGCCGGGAUCACUUCAACAUCCUCAUCAAGGAGCUGGGCACCAUGUUGCCAGGCAACACUCGCAAGAUGGACAAGUCCACUAUUUUACAGAAGAGCAUCAACUUCCUGCAAACGCAUAAAGAAGUUGCCGCCCAGUCCGAGUCAACAGAGAUCAGACAGGAUUGGAAACCUGCGUUUCUGAGCAACGAGGAGUUCACCCAGCUGAUGUUGGAGGCCUUAGAUGGAUUCUUCUUGGCCAUCACAACCCAAGGGAACAUCAUCUACGCCUCUGAGAGUGUCACGUCGCUACUGGAGCACCUUCCUUCGGACCUUGUGGAUCAGAACCUGUUGAACUUCCUGCCCAGGGGGGAGCACUCAGAUGUCUACAAGGUGCUGUCCUCUCAUUUCACGGACGAGGAGACACUGAUGCCCGAGUAUCUGAAGAACAAAAACCAGCUGGAGUUCUGUUGCCACAUGCUCAGAGGGACGAUAGACCCCAAAGAGCCCCCUGUGUAUGAAUAUGUCAAAUUCAUUGGAAACUUCAAGGCCCUCAACAAUGUCCCUAAAUGCAGUCACAAUGGAUUCACUAAGAUGGUCAUUCGGGGAUCGAUCCACUCAGGCUUUGAGGAGCAAGUGUGUCUCGUGGCCACCGUGAGGCUCGCCAAACCCAAAUUCAUUAAGGAGAUGUGCACUGUAGAGGAGCACAGUGAAGAAUUUACCUCCAGACAUAGUUUAGAAUGGAAGUUCCUCUUCUUGGACCACAGAGCUCCGCCCAUUAUAGGCUACCUGCCGUUUGAAGUGCUGGGCACGUCUGGCUAUGAUUACUACCAUGUGGACGACCUGGGAACGCUGGCCAAAUGUCACGAGCAUCUGUUGCAAUACGGCAAAGGAAAGUCCUGCUAUUACCGAUUCCUCACCAAAGGGCAGCAGUGGAUUUGGCUCCAGACGCACUACUAUAUCACCUACCACCAGUGGAACUCCAGACCUGAGUUUAUUGUCUGCACUCACACUGUGGUCAGUUACAGUGAAGUGAGAGCAGAACAGCGGCGAGAACUGGGACUGGAAGUGCGGCCGACUGAGAUGACGCUAGACAAGUUGCAGGACUCUAGCUUAGAGUCACAACCCAACACAUCCACCCUCAAGGAGGCCCUGGACCGAUUAACCCGCAGCCGGACGCCAUCGACAUCGUCUCGAAGUUCGCAUAAAUCCUCUCACACUGUGGUGUCAGACACCUGUAGGCGUGAUUCUCAUCCGCAAGGUGAAGUAAGCACUGAGUCCAACGUGGGCGUCGCAUCACAAAGAAGAUCAUCAGUUGGGAGUCAGUUUGCCAGCCAGCUAGAAGCCAUGCAGCAAAUGAAGAAGGAGCUGGAGCAACGCACGCAGAUGAUUGAGGCCAACAUCCAACUGCAGCUCCAUGAGCUGUGGGGGAUUCAGCAGGAGCUGCAGAGGGUGCAGGAGCAGGGUUUGCAAAUGCUGGUGCAGAAAGGAGCUAUAGGACUGAACGUGAACACGGUGCCGAUGGCUUCGGGGACUGUGCAGCAAGGUCCUACACUCGGCAUGCAGGGCCAGGCGGUCUCUGCGGGGCCUUUGCAGACCACAAUCCAACAACGGCAAAAUGCUGUCCAAUCCCAACACAACACGACACCGGCACAGAAUACACUGGCAGCUUCUCUCUACAACACCGUGAUGAUCCCUCAGCAAAACCCAGCAAACGUGGUGCAGAUUGCGCCCAACACAGGGACAAACGCUCCCGCUGUGUUCACACAGGACGCCCAAAUAAGGUUUCCUGACGCUCGUCAGCUGCUCACCAAGUUGGUCACAGGACAAAUGGCAUGUGGCGCCGUCAUGGUCCCGUCCACCAUGUUCAUGGGACAAGUGGUGACGGCGUUCGCUCCCCAGCAAACCAUCAGCAUUUCCCAGCAGCCACCACAGCAGCCGCAGGAUCAGGCUCAGCAGAUGCUCCAGCCCACACAGCUCAUCAUGCCGGCGGCAUUCACCACCACCACUGCCAACAAAAACACCAGCACUCCCAGCAAGCAGCAUCAACAACACGUAACACAACACAAACAACAGCAACAGCCCUCCAACAGAAGAGACACUUUGCCCAAUCCAUCUGUGGCACAGCUGCCGUAGCCGCUUACAGCCUCCAGGCGGCGUGCCAGAACGUGCCCCCGGAGCCGAGAAGCCAAAAUGGCGCUCUCGUGUGGCGGGAAGAGAAUUGAAACGUGUUUACUGUCACUGCAGAACAGCCGCAGUAAUUUUUAAGAAUAUUAUCUGAGACCUAAACAAUUUAUAAGGUCCAGAUAAACUGUACAUAAUAUAUAAUGUAAAUACACAUUGGAGAGACUAUUUUAUAUGAGAUGAUUAUGCUCUUUUUCUAGUAUUGGAAGAUGAAAAAAGUUGUUUCGUUUUCGACCUUUAUUAGCAAGUUUCACAUGUAGACUUCAGCUCAUUCUCUGGUUAGCCAUCAUGCUUCAAAAUAAGAUAUCAAUAAACUCUCAAACAUCAAUGGUGUUCUUUGCAAACUCCAG